AUGGGCUGCUCUUCUAGUGUGAGUGUGGUGCGCGACGAAGUGGAAGACACCGGCAUAACUCGCGUCAUAUACACGGACCGCACUGGACAAAAGUUCGUCCAGCAUUCCACUCCAUUCAAGGAGGGCAUUCGACGCUUCAAUUCCAUGCGUAUCAGCGACAAAGAUGCUUCUGGAAUAAUCGUCCCGCUUGCAAGUACCCACAACCAGCAUGUGAAGCGGCUCGACAAGUUUUUGGCGGCCAUAGAGCAGAACCCGAGAUUGCUGGAGAAGAGGGUGCUGCCCAGCCAACUUCCGAAGCACUGCAGCCAAGCAGCGCUCCUGAAAGUUGACCAGGAGGUCUCUGGGCAGAGCCUGGCGGACGUCAGCACAGACGUGUCCAACUUUGCCUCUAGCCCGGGCAGCUUUGCAUAG